AGUGCUGGUAUAAAAUCUACAGCCUUUCAGAUCUACAGAAAAUGAUGGGGAAGUAAAGGAAAGUUGAAGAGUUGUCAUGCACCUCUCCCAGGCAGCAUGGGUGCCUUGUUUCCAUCGCCCAGAACAAGCUGGCAGAGAGAUGUAAAGCCAUAAGUGUUGAUUAGCUUUGAUGUUCUGUGCCUGACUCCUGAAAACUACUUCCUGCUGUCAGUGGAAGCUCAUACAUUAGGGUGAGUCCUCUCCAGAGUUUACUUUUGGAUGAAAGCAUGCUCUCUUUCCAGUAGAAGAUGGUGACCCUGGAGUAUGAUCAUGGAGAAGGGGAUGAGUUCAGUGGAAGUGUUACCUUCCAAAUCAUCCCAGGUUACAGCUGUAAAGGUGAUGGUGAAGGAGCAUGAAACAAAAUUGAUCCAAAAAGGGAAACCAGUGGGAUUUGUGCUUGUACAUGCAGGUGCAGGUUAUCAUUCUGAAUCCAAAGCUAAAGAAUACAAACAUGUUUGCAAAAGAGCCUGUCAAAAGGCAAUUGAAAAACUUCAGGCUGGUGCUCUUGCUACUGAUGCAGUGACUGCGGCACUAAUUGAACUAGAGGAUUCCCCCUUUACAAAUGCAGGAAUGGGAUCUAACCUAAACCUUUUGGGUGAGAUAGAAUGUGAUGCCAGUAUAAUGGAUGGAAAGUCAUUAAAUUUUGGAGCAGUUGGAGCACUGAGUGGAAUCAAGAAUCCUGUUUCAGUUGCAAAUAGGUUGUUGUGUGAAGGGCAGAAGGGAAAACUCUCUGCUGGCAGAAUUCCACCUUGCUUUUUGGUUGGUGAAGGAGCUUACAGAUGGGCAGUUGAUCAUGGGAUACCAGCAUGUUCACCAGGUAUCAUGACUACAAGGUUUAGUUUAGCAGCUUUUAAGAGGAACAAAAGGAAGCUGGAGUUGGCAGAAAAGGUGGAAACAGAUCUUAUUCAGCUAAAGAAAAGAAGACAAUCAAGUGAAAAGGAGAAUGACUCAGGAACACUGGAUACAGUUGGUGCAGUCGUUGUUGACCAAGAAGGAAAUGUUGCUGCUGCUGUCUCCAGUGGAGGCUUAGCUUUGAAGCAUCCUGGAAGAGUUGGUCAGGCAGCUCUUUAUGGAUGUGGCUGCUGGGCUGAAAAUAUUGGAGUUCAUAAUCCUUAUUCCACAGCUGUGAGUACUUCAGGUUGUGGAGAGCACCUUGUAAGGACCAUACUGGCCAGAGAAUGUUCACGUGCUUUGCAAACAGAAGAUGCCCACCAGGCUCUGCUAGAGACUAUGCAAAACAAGUUUAUUAGUUCACCUUUUCUAGCCAAUGAAGAUGGUGUACUUGGUGGAGUGAUAGUUCUUCGAUCUUGCAGAUGUUCUGCAGAGCCUGACUCUUUACAAGAAAAGCAGACUCUACUAGUGGAGUUCUUGUGGAGUCAUACAACAGAGAGCAUGUGUGUAGGAUAUAUGUCAGCACAGGAUGGGAAAGCCAAGACUCACAUUUCGAGACUUCCUCCUGGAGCUGUGGCAGGGCAGUCUGUGGCAAUCGAAGGAGGAGUCUGUCGGCUGGAGACCCCAGCAAACUGAACAGCUUACUCCUCAGCUUAGUACAGAGAAUGUGAAUGACGUUUUGUACAAUACGCUCUUUUGUGUUUUAACAGAUGUUGGGAAUUUUUCUCUCAUUUUAUACUCUUUAUUGCAACCACAUGCACCAUAACUUGAGAUAAGUGCUGCUGUUAUUUAUACUCAUUCUGUGUGAAGGGGUGUGUGCAUGCUCAUUUUUCUCCCAAACAAAUCAGAACUCUUCCUAGUUGUGUAGGUGAAGAUAAUGUAUGAUUAAUGUUGCAUUUAAAUUUUCAUUGUUUACAGUUUAAAAAUAAUGCCCUAAAACGACA